UUCGCCAGAGAUAAUAAUUAUUUUCUCACGAUUUUAGCAAAGUUUGUCCGCGGGUUGCUGCUGUCACAGCCGCUGCUGUGAAAGAUUAGCCGUGGACCUCCUGUGGAUCUCUGCUGGAUCUACACUCUGUACAAUUUAGCUUUUUUUUUUGAAGAGCUGCACCGGUUUCUCUCUCUCUUCUUUUUUAAUGUGCUGUUUGAGAUGAGUGGUGUUUAACUGGUCCACAGCUAGCUCACUGUGAUAUGAUAGGGAAACUCUGAGAUGCAUAAAAACCGAAGAUGAGAGAACUAGGAAAAUGAGGACCAGACGUGUUGUGGAUUAGCAACUCUGAAGUUCGACUGACACCAUGGCGACUUGAAUCUGAGUGUUUUCCUUAUUCUGGCAAAGAGACAUAACUAUCAAUUUAUUUAUUGCACCUGAGGCAGAUUUUUGCCUGACAAAGCCAAUGAUACAUCGCUCUUUAUGAAGAGUUACUGAGUCAUCCUGUGAGUUGACUUUGCUAAAUCAGCUACUCUAUUAGUGGCCUGUUCACUGGAUGACUGGAGGUAAAAAGAAUUUCAAGUGACCUGCUAAGACACAGAAGACAUCCCUAGAUGUACAGCUGCAGAUAGCAGAAGUUUCAAGUGUUAAUAAGCUUGCAAACAUUGUUACACAGGGUGGUUUCAUUUAUACCAUGAAUCCCAGAGAGAGUGUGGAAGUAAUGGAGACUCAGGCUGGAGGUCAGAAGGAGAAGCUGAUUGGAGAGAAGGCCAGACCUGACAAUGGGAAUGAAAUUGAGGGUGAGGAUGACAAAAUCCCCGGGGCUUUCAACUGCAACAUAUGUGGACGCAGCUUCCCUUUUCUUAGCUCUUUGUCACAGCACAUGCGACGCCACACGGGUGCUCGUCCGUACAAAUGCCCCUACUGCGACCACAGGGCCUCUCAGAAGGGCAACCUUAAAGUCCACAUCCGCAGCCACAAACUGGACACGCUGUCUUCUCACCACUCCAAUGACGAUGAAGAGGGUGGGGCCGAGGAAGAGGAGAUGAGGGUUUCGGAGGGUCUCGAUGGAGGCACCAGUCCAACUAAGAGCAGCUCUGCCUGUAACAAGAUGAUCAAUGGGGAUACUAGUGAGGACAGUCGGAGGAAAGUGCCUGCACGGAGCAUGAAAAGGGAAAAAUCUGUCACCACCCAGAGGCCUUACAUUUGCCGUCUGUGUGGCUAUGAAGCCCAGCGGGAAGACCAGCUCCUCAGUCACAUAGAAAAGGUCCACAUAACGGCAGAUGCAGAAGAUGAAACUGUUACUGUUAAAGAAGAGAUUGUGACUGAGUCGGAACCCAUCCAGCCCCAGAACGAUGGCACAUUCCCAUGCGAGACCUGUGGCCAGGUCUUCACACAAGCCUGGUUUUUGAAGUCACACAUGAAAAAACACGCGGGAAUACUGGACCACUGCUGUCGAAUUUGUGGGAGACGGUUCCGAGAAGCCUGGUUCCUCAAAUCUCACAUGAAAACGCACAACACCAAAUCCAGGUCUCGGUCAAAAGCAGAUCCUUCUGAGCAUCCGGCCACCAUCAAUGAUGUAGCCCAGGGUCCCGAUCUAGUUUCUGCAUCUGUUACAUCUGUUUAUCAGAUGUGUUCAAAAUGUGGGAACCUUUUCCACAGCAAAGAAAGCCUGAGAGCCCAUGACAAAGUUCACAGUCUCAAUUAUGGUAGGAAAUCCCCAAUCCAGUCCAAGCCUAGUGGUGACGAGGACUCACCAGCUGCUAAGAGACGUUUCCUCGACUACUUAAACCUCCAGUCUGUGGAGGGCAAGAGCCUGGAUGAAGUGGAAGAAAAAGAGAAAAAGAUUUUAGGUAAAAAAAUCCCAGAGCUAGAUCCAGUUUGCAGCUACCAGGCCUGGCAAUUAGCCACUAAAGGAAGGGUUGUGGAGCCCGUUGAGCCUAGUUACAAAGCCUCCUAUGGUGGAGGAAAUCUGGGGGAGGAGACCCUCGCUGGAGCUGCUGUUGUCUUUGAGAAGGAGAGUAGCAGUUAUGUCCUGCAAAGUCAAGAGAAGCGCAGCUCAGGCAGACGCAGCAGCUCUGGGUUGGGGAACCACACCUCGUCAGGGGACUGGACACCGGAGAGCCUCAGCGACUCAGAGUACCGACCCUCAUGUCGUCAAGACCGACGACGAUCAUCCCAGUCGCAAGCUUCCUCCAAGUGUAAUGAGUGCUUUGAGUGUGGGAAGAUGUUUCGCAGUCGUCACCAGAUGAUUGUCCACCAGCGGGUCCACAGGAAGGAUGGAGGCAGGGCAUCUGUGGGAGAGAAAGAAAGAACCACAAGAGAUGACCGAUGGGGUUCCAACAGUGAUCCAGACUCUGGCUCCCCCAGCCGACCCAGCACUCCAGGGUAUGGAGAUUCUCCACCUGCCUCCACCCUUGGACAUCAAGCCUCGGAGAUGGGUUCUUCAAACUCUGGAGAGCUUUCAGAUGUGAAGCCCUACAUUUGCAGCCUGUGUGACUUUGCCACCACAGAGACCCAGGCCUACCUGAAUCAUGUUCGUGUCCAACACCCGGCUGCCUCAAACGAUAGACCCAGCCCCAUUCCCAGCCCCAGCUCCAGCUUGGACAGAGGCACCUCUGGGGGUUAUCCCAAAAUUAAGAAAGCUUUCAUGCAGAACAACACCGUAUCCCUCCAUGCUAAUCUCACCGCUCGUUCCUCUCCACGUGAUCCUACCUUGAUCCCUAUUGAUCUGUGUGUGAGGGCUGAAGGCAUCAGGGCUGUAUCUUCCCCAGAUAGAAAAAGCCUCCCUAGCCACAAGUGCUCCUUCUGCUCUCACUCCACCCGCUACCCUGAGGUGCUCUGGAUGCACCAGACGGUGGCUCACCGCAUCAACGGCAGUAGCUCCAAUCUGGCUCCUAAAUGGGCUCCUAAAAACAACACAAAGGGCUCCAAAGACAGUUUAUUGUCCUCCAGGAGACGCACCGGACCUCCACCUGUCCUGGAAGGAAGGGAGUGUCAGCCGCUGCCUCCGUUGAUGCUCACCCAACGUACACAGCCUCCAAACUGCUCCAACGAGGUUCUGAAGAAGACCAGGCCAGCAAGUCAAGCAGCCUCUACAUCAUCAUCUUCAUCUUCUACCCCAGGCACCUCUUCUUCUAGGGGUUCCGCAUCCACAUCCGGCAACCACACUGGGAGAGUCCCUGCACGGCCAGUCAGCAGCUCCAGCAGCAGUAUCAUCAAACACACAAAAGACCAGAGUCAUCGCUACAGACCCAAAGUGGAUAUGGACCCUCGGGGUAGCUCCUUGACACCUUCAAACUCCGUGGAGAAGCGCACUGGUAGCCUUAUGCGUUCUUCGGCUCCAACCCCCAGCUCCGCUUCAGCUUCCAGGCAGGCUGACCGCUACUUGAUGUCUCAGGAGGGUCUGGGUUUCAUGCUGUCCAGCAAACAUGGCCUUGCAGAGUACAGCCGUUCUCGGGGCUCGUCUCAUCAGCUGCUCCCCAACUCUCACACCCAUGGCCGGGCAAACGCUUCCAGGCCCAGCGCCAUCACCCACAGUUCAACCUCAGCACACAGCUACGGUGCCUCCCAGAGUCAGGGCGUCUCCCUACAGAAUUCCUCCUCCCCUUCCUCUUCCUCUUCUUCAAUACCUUUAGAAGGUCGUGGUGAUGUGAAACAGGAGCCAAUCGCAGAGACACCAGAGAUGCCAACUGACAUCCUCAGCUUUCUUAAAAACUACAGGCCGCAUGAGUUAGCUGCCCUCUACCACCGCUGGGGCGCAUCCAACGCCCUGUUGGACCCCACAGGGAUGUUGAGGUCUGUCAUGCGGCAGGGGCAGUAUUUCUGCCAGGAGUGUGGGAAGAGUUUCAGUCAGCCCAGCCACCUGCGAACUCACAUGAGAUCCCAUACAGGGGAAAGGCCAUUCUGCUGCCGGCUCUGCCCAUACCGAGCUUCUCAGAAAGGGAACUUAAAGACGCACGUCCAGAGUGUCCACCACAUGCCUUUUGACAACAACCAGUAUCCAGACAUGAGGAGUUCAUUACUAAAUCAGGAGGAGCGAGGAGCGCUGGAUGCCAAACACCCAACUAAACAACAAUGACAACAAUUUUAGCUUCUAUGUGAAUGAUAGACCACAACAUGGACCCGAGGACCAGCCUAGUCAGGGACCCCAACAAACUCCAAAAACGUUUGUUCACUGUUUGUUAAUGUUUGAGCUUUGAAAAUAGGACCCAAGACUCAUCAUCCUUUAAUGACUGAAGAAGAAAUUUUCUAUGAUGAAGCUUCUUGUAGUUUUUGAUCUUUUUUCUUAAUUCUUUUAUGAAACUUCUUGAAGCUGUUUUCAAAGGAAAAUGAAAAAAGGGUCUAACCACGAAAUGGAAAUGAAGAGGAAAGGUGAAGCCACCACCAUUAAAUCAUUUAGUCUUCUUUAAUAUAAAGACUUGCAUCAUCUAAAAAAUCUCUGAAUCCAAAAGUACUCAAAGAAAUUAACAGAUUUGCCUCUUGCUGCCAUUUUGGGGGUACCAACAAGUAAAGCUGUGCAGCCUUACAGGAAAAGUAGAAUUUUCAUAACAAGAUGCAGAAAAACUCAACUCAUUUGCAGCUGCUAGCUUUCUAAUCCAGGACUGUGGUAUUGCAUGGUUGCUCUAUUCGCCCCUUCAGUGCUUUUUUUUUUCUUUUUUUCCUUUAUAAGCUUUAUUGUACGUGCGAGUUUGUGCAUUUCUCAGGACAGCAAUCACAAAGCCACAGCAAAAGACGAUGCCCUGCAAUUCAGCAACAGACAUCUGAGAUGCUACAAGUCUGGAUUCCAGUUCAGGAGAAGAUGAAAUGCACCUUUCUGUCUGCGUGUGCGUGACUGUGUGUUAUACUGACUUCCCUCGGCUCCACGGUGUAGUGCAGUGGGAGUGCUGUGGUCGCUCACAGGCUGUGUAGCUGAUGAUUAGAAGGAGAGGGGUAGGAUUAGGAAGGAGAGAACGCUAAUGGUGAUGUCUACUUAAAUGCUCAUUAAAGAAAAGCCUGUUUUAAAUA